UAAUCAAUCACACUUCUUUCUUCUAAGAAGACUUAAGAGCCUUCUUUCUUUUUCUUCUUCUCUGCAACCACUCCACCUCAUUCCUUUACUUUCUUUUCCAAAGAGCUUCGGUCAGGCCAAUCGUUGUACGGUUUGUUGUAGGGUUUUCAUUUUCGAAUUUGAUUUUGAUGGAGUCGGCAACAACGUCGUCUCGUGAAGCGGAGUUCGAAUACUUGUUCAAGCUGUUGAUGAUUGGGGACUCUGGGGUUGGAAAGAGCACCCUCCUCUUGAGUUUCACUUCCGAUACCUUUGAGGAUCUCUCUCCUACUAUUGGUGUGGAUUUUAAGAUAAAACAUGUUACUCUUGGGGGUAAAAAGUUGAAGCUUGCAAUUUGGGACACAGCUGGACAGGAAAGGUUUAGAACUCUUACUAGUUCAUAUUACAGAGGAGCUCAAGGGAUAAUAUUGGUGUAUGAUGUGACCCGAAGAGAAACAUUUACGAAUUUGUCUGAUAUAUGGGCUAAAGAAAUUGACCUGUACUCCACAAAUCAAGAUUGCAUCAAGAUGCUUGUUGGAAACAAAGUCGAUAAGGAAAGUGAAAGGACUGUCAGUAAAAAAGAGGGGAUGGAAUUUGCAAGGGAGUAUGGAUGCCUUUUCCUUGAGUGUAGUGCAAAAGCUCGAGUAAAUGUUGAGCAAUGCUUUGAGGAGCUUGUCUUAAAGAUAUUGGAAACACCAAGUCUCCUGGCUGAGGGCUCAGCAGGUGUGAAAAAGAACAUUUUCAAACAAAAACCUGCUGAAUCUGAUGCAUCAACAAGUGGCUGUUGCUAUUACCUCUUUCAGAAUUUGAAUGUGAAGCUUGAUCAAACAAAAAACAACCUCUCUCUUCUAUAUGCAACAAACAACACGACCAAAACAAAACAUGGCAACAUCAUGAGCACAACUACACAAGACUCUGAUACCACCACAAGCACCACUGCCUCUGCAGCAGCCUCUUCUGAGGCCGCCCUUGAAGAGGCCCCACCACAACCACCACCAGCUGCUGCUGCUGCUGCAUCAGAAAAACCAGAGCCUCUCAUGUUCUCCAAGGAUCCAAAUGCCCUUGAAAGCGGUGGUGGGAUCAGCUUUCUCACUGGGAGCCGUAAUGCAAAGUUCAGCUAUGGAUUUUCCAGUUUCAAGGGUAAAAGGCCUUCGAUGGAGGAUUAUUUUGAGGCAAAUAUAUCUGACGUUGAUGGCCAGAUGGUUGCAUUUUUUGGUGUUUUUGAUGGUCAUGGAGGUUCAAGGACUGCAGAAUAUCUAAAAAAGAACCUUUUCAAAAAUUUGAGUAGCCACCCAGAUUUUAUCAAAGACACAAAGGCAGCUAUUGUUGAAGUAUUUAAACAGACAGAUGUUGAUUACCUUAAUGAGGAGAAGGGUUAUCAGAGAGACGCUGGCUCAACUGCAUCAACCGCCUUGCUAUUAGGUGAUCGGCUUUUUGUUGCAAAUGUUGGUGAUUCAAGAGUAGUCGGCUGCAGAGCUGGUUCAGCUAUUCCCUUGUCCGUUGAUCAUAAACCUGAUAGAUCUGAUGAACGCCAAAGAAUUGAAGAGGCUGGAGGUUUCAUUAUUUGGGCAGGAACAUGGCGGGUUGGAGGUGUUCUUGCCGUUUCCCGUGCAUUUGGAGACAAAGUACUGAAACCAUUUGUUGUUGCAGAGCCAGAAAUUCAGGAAGAAGAAAUUGAUGGAGUAGACUUUAUAAUUAUUGCAAGCGAUGGACUUUGGAAUGUCAUAUCAAAUAAGGAUGCUGUGGCUUUAGUGCAGGACAUAGCAGACGCAGAAGAAGCAUCUAGAAAACUCAUCCAAGAGGCUUUUGCACGCGGUAGCUCAGACAACAUAACUUGUGUUGUUGUCCAAUUUGAUAUUUCAGAGUAGACUCGUUCAUAUUCCAAGGUUCAGCUUACUUAUUAAAACGGCAUCCAAGCAAUGUGGAAAGACUAUUGAGGCAAUAGUUUCCUGAAAUUGUCUUUAAGUAAUUAGUGUAUUGGGCUGACAGCUCAGUUUUCAAGUUGUAAGUCCUGAACUCCUGGUUGUCACCACAACCCGUAGUGAAUUGUCAAUUGUUGCUUCAAUGUAGUUUUGAAUUUGAGUUCCUUCUUUUUGUUGUGAAAAUGAAAGCUUGGAUGCCUUUCAAAUGGCCACAUCCAAAAAGAAGGAAAAACCUGUGUGUGUUUUUGUGUGUUUUGUAUCUCUGUCUUCAAGGACUGGUUAUUGAGGAUUGACAAA